AUGGUUGGUGAUCCAUCCCCAGACGACAGUUGCAAUUUCAAUAUGCGGCGCCUUGUUAGCAAGAUUAAAAUGAAGAAGAAAUCUUCGAGAAUCGAAAGCAGCAGAGACUCAUCGCCAAAUCGUCUCGAAGCCGGCUCAAGCACUUCCUCCCCCUUCCUCAGUCUCCAAGAGCCGCCUACCGGAAAUGAACCCGUGAUUGACGAGUCUACUACCACAUAUGUUAAACCAGCGGAAACACUAGUGUCAACGGAUGCAGAUCUUCCCAAUUCGUCGAAGACAUACGAAGAGAUCUGCGAGUGGCUGCAGCAAGGGCCUUCCGCCGCGAACAAUAUUUCGCAGGUAACAUCCUCUUCUGCAUCUCUGAAGGCUACAUGCAUUAUUGUGAUACAAGGGGUCCAACUAGCCAAAGAUGUUCAAGAUGACGACAAGGAAUGGGAUGACUUACUCCAAGAUGCACAGAUGCACGCGGACCAGAUCCAGCAGGACAUCGCCAAAUUAGAAACUAAGCCUUCAAAUGCCAGGAUUUUAAAGGCCGUGAAGAAUUAUUCCGAGACCAUCGGAAUAAUGCUUGACGAGGCCAAGGACGCAAUGACUGUGGCCAAAGGAAGAAUAGAUGGGGAUGCAAGGCUUUUCCCAAGGACUAAGAUCGGUAAAGAUACCAUUAAGUGGCUGCGUGGUCGAGAGAAGGAUGCGUUUGCACAAUACCAGAGCACUUUAGGAGAAUCAUUAGCUGUCAUGGUGGACGAUAUAUCUAGCCUCAUUGAAAAUCUCCGAGAGGAGGUGAAGCCGGUCACCAUUGCAAUGGGAACCGAAGUCGAAGGCGCGUUCAGAAUGAUAGCUGGGGACCAGGCUAAUCCCUUGCCUCAGACAAUACUCUCAGGCUCGCUUUCCAAUCUACUCGCCAGAAUUCGGCAAUGGGGUGAUAAUCCCAACUCAGAACAAGUCUUCUGGCUCAAAGACGCCGCUGGAACUGGAAAGUCGACAAUAGCAGCGACAAUGGCCAACGAAUGGAUCCGCGAAAGGCGGCUCGCUGGGCGAUUCUUUUUCAGCCCCAAUAUUGAGCUCAAUAAGCGAAUCAAGUAUUUUUGCCGUACUGUUGCUGCAGACGUUGCAUGUCAGUUUCCAGAGUUGAGGAGACAUAUUGAGGAUGUGCUCUCGGAGUUGCCCUCAAUGGAGAGUAGGAUGGACUUUACGGUACAACUUAGUCAGGCCAUCUUGGAGCCUAUCAAGCAGAGAGGAGAUGAUAUCGCCGUCUUCCUCGUCAUCGAUGCCUUGGACAAUUGCGACAUUGACGACCGAGGAUAUCUUCUCAAGGCACUCCUUACGAAGCUGCCUGAAAUCCACCAUCUCAAAAUCCUUCUAACGAGUCGCCCAAUUCAAGAUAUAGCGGAUAUUCUCGACCAAUCGACUCUUGUCUGCGGGCAGGGUGUUCAUUUAUUGGAUAUCAAUAAUCCACCGAACGAUGAUAUUGCAAUUUACGUUCACUCGAAGCUUCAGGUAUACUCUAUAGAAGACCGCCAGCGAGUCAUCGACCAUGCGAAAGGUCUCUUCAUCUGGGCAGCAACCUUCUGUCGGACGCUCCUUCAAACCCGCUGGGGAGAAAGGCUCCUCAAGCAUCUUGCACACGAGGCUAUUACUGGAUCUCUAGACAAACUCUAUCUCAACGUAUUGAGGCAAGCUGUGGAUGAAGAAGGGAAGGACGACUUGAAGAAGAUACUUCAAGUUGUCAUUUCAGCUUUUCAACCCGUUUCAACCAACUCUAUCAUCACUUUGCUCCCUCAUGUUCGCCGAGUGAAUGAUCUCGUCCAGGAUAUAGCUGGAGUUAUCAAAGACGGGCAUCCUGAUCGACCGCUCAAAGUCCUACAUCCAACGUUCCGCGAUUUCAUUGCUUCCAAUGAGAAGAGAGCGAAUGGAUUUGUUCUCCAGCUGACGCCAUCACACUCCCUGGUUGCUGCAGCGUGUCUAGAUGUACUGAAGCAACUGUCGUUCGACAUUUUGGGCAUCAGCAAGCACGAUUCAUUCAUCCCGCACAACAAGAACAUCGACAAUGUCGAAGAGCUGAUCGAAACUCGUACCUCUGCGGCUAUGAGGUACGCAAGUUCUUACUGGGCUCAUCAUAUUGCAUCUUCUGAAGAGGCAUGGACCGAUUGGGACCAAGUUUCAAGCUUUCUACGAACCCAUCUUUGCUCCUGGCUUGAGCUGAUGAGUUGGCGUCGCAUGGUCGGGUCAUGCCAUCAAGCACUGGCGCAAUUGCACCUCAAGGUUCGAAGGGAUGCUGUCAUGGGUGGUCCAAGUACGAUGGAUGUUUUGAUAGUACAGCAUGCAUCACAGUUCCUAUUUCGAUACCAAAACAUUAUCACCGAAGCCGCUCUCCAUACAUAUACAAUACCAGUGGCGAUGGCACCGAAAUUCUCGCCACUCUUUAACAAGUCUAGGCCCAAGACGGACCUUCCGUCCGUUGAAAUCAUAACUUCUCACGAAGAGACUGAUUGGGAGACACAUAUAGUACUCACUGGUCAAGACGAUCCCAUUUCUAGAGUGAAGAUAUCUCCUGAUGGGAGCCGAGCUGUCACUGUCGGUGAAGGGGGAAGUGUGUCUCUAUGGGAUAUAGAGUCUGGUGAGAAAGUGGGAAUCACCCUUCCAAAGUAUUCUUCGACUGUCAUUCUCCUGAUCGAGGCCGAAUUCUCACCCAAUGCAACAAUCCUAGCCAUAGGUCAUAGCAGUGACGUUCUCUAUCUCUGGGAAGCUCGUACAGGUAGGCAGAUCUGGAAAGCGACACUACCUUCAGCUCUUCGAGGCAGUACAAAUAGCAACGGCGUUCGCUUCUCCCCUACCAAGCCAUACGUCGCAUACGCUACAGAAUGCUAUCAUGCCGGCCGCCCAACCAUUAGUGAAACCCGAUUUUACAAUGUGGACACUGGUCGACAGCUCCAAGGAAUGCUCACCAUUGAACCAUCGAGUACAAAGUUCAAAAUUUCACCUGAUGGAGCGCGCGGUGUCUUUAUCGGCUACUUCGAAAGGCGCCGUGAUCGAGGGGUGGUCACCGUUAUCGAUAUGGACACCCUCCAGCAAAUUCAGCAGUUCGAAGCGGACCAUGUACCUUCUUCCUGUAUUAGUUACUCUUCCAGCGGCGCCAAAGUGGUGAUAUCAUGGCCAGAGAGCCAUACUGUGACCUCUCGGCCUGUUCCUCCGCUACUUUUGAUCGAUUGUAAUACGGGAGGGGUAACGGAUAUGACCGACGAUGAUAGCCCACCAUCGUUUCAGGCCCUAGCCUUGCAGGAUGGUGUCUGUAUGGUAUCUCUUUCCACCAUAGAUUCAACAAUUAUCUUUUGGGACAUGCGUAAUGGUCGAAAGCUGUCGACUGUCAGCGGCCAAGAUGAUCCUCUGCAGUUUGUCUGGGCUUCCACGGAUGGCAAGCAUAUCGCAACACUCUCCCGCGAACAGAGGAUACAGGUAUGGGACAUUGGCACUGGUGAGGAGAGACCUACUAUCCUCUCUGGAUAUACAGGAAAUUUCUUGACCGCGCAUUUGUCGAUCGAUUGGAAUCGGUUGGUCGUGCAAGCAUCUUCAGAGAUGCGAGUAUUUGAUCUACAAGCCCGAGAACCUGGCUUGAUCUUGCCAGAGGCAAAGCGCAAGGGAAAUCCACACGUCGUAUUUCUAUCAAACGGGACAUCGUUCCUUCUAUGGAGCCAUAGUCAUGAACUCUUGGAACUAUGGGAUGCCACUGAUGGAUUACUGUGUCGAAACAAGAUCAGUGAUAUGUUGUCUACUGACGUCGUUGACCUCGUCAGCGUGGCAGAGGUCCCAGGUGGAAUGGGUAUUGCCUAUACUCGCUUGAACAAAGGAGCCAUGCUUGUAUCGUUGGAUUCAGCCUGUAAGGAACCAAUUUCACUGGAGGAUGAAGAUUCGACGGUUUAUGGUGGCUACAUAUCUUUCACGCCCAGUGGGUCUCAUAUGGCCAUCAGCAGUUCUCGUGGGGUGCAAGUGUGGGACUAUGUUACGGGUAAAUCCCUGUGGAAGACGACGUCACUUGGGCUUGACGCCUGGUUUGCUUUAUCAGCAGACGGGAUGAAAGUGGCGGGAGUACGCUACAACUAUAUGUACCUGUUUCAUACUGUCGGAGGUCAGGAGUUUAGGAUGGUGGGGCCCCUUGCAUGGGCAACGGCAUUCAAUCCUGCCGGAGACUUGUUGGCGUGCGUAGGUCCGCGAGAGCUAUGGAUUUGGGACCUCCGUGGGCCUGAACCACAAGUUGGGACGAAGCUCUCUACACCAACUGAAUGCAGUGGGAAAGAAAGUCUGGACUUUUCUUCCGACGGAAGGUUUCUCAUACUGGGCUCAUUCGUAUGGGAAGUGGAGGGCACGCAGCUCACGAGCCACAUUUCUCCAAAGAUUCCGACGUCUCUCAAGGCGUAUCACCGUUCCUUUCUCACUUAUUACAACGGCUGGAUAUAUACCGCUUUUCCUCCUCGACCUAUCCUCCCAGUCCCUGAUCAUCUGAAAAAGACCAUGGGUCACUUUCCGAGGAUCGAAUCAAAAGGGAAUGUAGUUAUUUUAGUUACGGAGGCAUACAAACCCUUUUGGAUUGACUGCUCGGCAUUUGUCACAAGGAGCUCCGGAUAG